CUUCCACCCUUAUUAUUCGCCAAUAUUCUUAUCCACUACUCCAUCCAUUUAUAAACCCUUCACCUUCAAAAAAGAAAAAAAAGAAAAAAAGAAUCUUAUCCAAAACUCACCGAGUCCUCCAUUCGCCGAGUCAAAUAACGAUGACUCGGCGGUGUAGCCAUUGUAACAACAAUGGCCACAAUUCCCGUACUUGUCCCUCCACCAGAGGUGACGGUGGUGGUGGUGUGAGGCUAUUUGGUGUAAGGCUAACAGAUGGAUCAAUAAUGAAGAAAAGUGCUAGUAUGGGAAAUUUGUCUUCCCUUCAUGGCUAUCAUUCAUCUAAUCCUGGUUCACCUUCUUCUGAUUUGCCUGAUGGUUAUCUUUCUGAUGAUCCUGCACAUGCUUCUUGUUCUCCUAAUCGCAGAAUUGAAAGGAAAAAAGGUAUUCCCUGGACAGAGGAAGAGCACCGGCUUUUCUUGAUUGGUCUACAGAAAUUGGGCAAAGGAGAUUGGCGGGGUAUAUCACGAAACUUUGUGACAUCAAGGACUCCCACCCAAGUAGCUAGCCAUGCCCAGAAGUAUUUUAUUCGGCAGACUAAUGCUUCUCGGAGAAAGAGAAGAUCCAGUCUUUUUGACAUUGUUGCUGACACGGCUACUGAUGGUUCUCAUCCACUUCCUGAAGAACAAUUUAUGCUCCCACCUAGAGCAAUGGAAAGUGAUAAGGAACAGUUAGCACCUUCUGCAACAAAAGCAAUAGAAACUGCUUUUGCAGAUUCACUCCCUUCCUUAGAUCUCUCUCUCAAGUCAGAUUUUGAAUCCAUGGAAACCGCUCCAAGUGAAUCUGUUGAAGAAACGACACCAAAUACAACAACUAGCCAGAUUCCUUCAGUAUAUCCAGCAUUCUUCCCAGCUUACAUUCCAGUUCCAUAUCCAUUCUGGCCAUCAAAUGCAAUUCCGGUCGCUCAAGAUAGAGGAGCAGAACCAUCCCAUCAUCAGGUCGUCAAGCCAAUUCCAACCGUCCCUAAAGAACCCGUGAAUGUAGAUGAGCUAGUGGGAAUGUCCCAGCUCACUUUAGCAGACGCUUGUUCUGGCCAUAUUGAGCCUUCUCCACUUUCCCUAAAAUUAACAGCAGAACCAUCAAGGCAAUCAGCUUUUCAUGCUAGCACACCAGUCAAAAGCUCAGAGAUUACCAAGGGCGAAACCGCUCCAAUUCAAGCACUUUAAACUUAUUAGGAUGAGUCUGCCUUGUUAUCUCUCUCUAUUUUCUCUCAAGGGUGUAAGGACAUGUUUUUUUCCUGUUCAUCUAUGUAAGAUAGGAUAGGUACUUCUAAGGAAGCAGCAAGUAGGUGAAUUUAGCUGGAAAUUCAUUCUUUGUCAUUGUAUAGAACUAGUGUGUCUAACAAAACCUAAUACUUUGGUGUUUUAUGUAAAUUGUUGGCAUCUUUGUAAUUGCUUUUAUUUUCUCAAAUAAAGAGAAAAGAAGGGAUCACUGAUUCUUGUUCAGUGUGA